AUGAAAGAAGGCAUAGUAAACUACGGUGAUCAUCCAUUGAAGCAGUUGAAGCUUUACCAGCUCGACGAAUCGAACGAGGAGACUCUUUUACUUAUUCAUGGGGGGGCAUGGAGAGAUCCAAACAAUACAUAUAACGACUUCGAAGAUAUGAUCGGCCAUAUACAAAAGAACCAGUAUUCGGCCAAAUAUAAUCUAGUCGCCAUGAAUUAUAGAUUGUCGCCAGAAGUUAAGCAUCCUUAUCAUUUAUGGGACGUAUUAGAGGGCCUACAAUUUUUGGUGCAAAAUUACAAUAUCCGUAAAAUUCUGAUUGCAGGUCAUUCAGUAGGUGCUACGUUAAUGUUGCAAUUACUAGACUACAACAAGGUCCUCGACUCUGGUUUCCGGAAACUCCAAGAUGAUUUAAAAGACGACAAAGCUUCGGCAAUAAGAGAAGGAGUAGAUUUGAAUGUCCCACUGGAAAAAGAACGAACCUUAUUGAACGAGACGAUGGAAAACUUGCAAUUGAAAACGUUUUGCUUUAUUGAUGGGAUCUACGAUGUUGUUCAAUUAGUAGACGAAUAUGGGAGCCCUUACGAAAGUUUUAUAAACGAUGCAUUUUCAUCUCCUGAGCAGUACUCAGAAGCCACCCAAUUAUCAUCCACAACAAUAGACGUAAGAAGCCCAUUCAGCUUCAAUAUACUUCUGGAGAAUGUUUUAAAAGAAUUGAAACUAGUAGUUCUUCAGUCUAAUCAAGAUGAACUUCUUUCGAUGAGACAGACCAAUUUAUUUAUUGAGUAUUUGACUCAGAAGAAUCUAAUUUUCAGAUCCGUUGUAGGUGAAUGGGGAGAACAUGAACAAGUAUAUAGACAUGAAGAUGUAGCUAAGAUAGUAUUAGAUAGUAUAUAA